UAUUGUCUCUUAUGCUGAUUAAUUAUUCUGUUACGCAAAAUGUUCAAACUGCACUCGUUGUGAAAUAUUUAUCCACGAAAACUUGUUUUUAAAAACAAUCUUUUUUUUGUUCACAUCUAAUUACCUCAUAUUCACUUAUUAAUAUAUAUUAUAAAGACAAUAACUAUAUGAAAGUAAUAAUAUUGCUUUGGGUGUGUCUGGGAGUACUGCAAGGUGAUAUAUUGACUGAUACUGACUGAAAAUUUUAGGAUAUUUUUUUUUAUUUAGCAGAUAUAAUUUUUUUUGAAAUGAUUGCGGAGCAGUUUGAGUUCUCAACUUUUGAAAAUCAAAAAAUCUCUAAAAUCUUAGAGGAAUAUCCAUUCAUCAAAAAUGACAGUGAUAAACAUGAAAUGCAUUCCUGCGAGGGGGAUCUUACACCAAUUCAAAAAUUCUAUGAUGGAUCAAAAAUUCUCAUUACAGGAUCAACUGGAUUUGUAGGAAAAAUUCUACUCGAAAAACUUCUUAGAUCUUGUCCAACAGUGACUAAAAUUUACCUCCUGGUGCGUAGUAAAAAAGGGAAAUCGAUGGAAGAACGAAUUGACGAGAUGUUUGACGACAUAAUUUUCCAAAGAAUGAAGCUGGAGUGUCCAAAAUUUAGAGAAAAAAUCGUAGGAGUUCAUGGGGAUUUGGACCUACCUGAGUUAGGGUUGAGUAUUCAAGACCGAAGACUUCUUAUAAAUGAGGUUAGCAUUAUAUUCCACGUUGCUGCAAUAGUUCAUUUCGAUGAGAAACUCAAAACCACUGUAGUCAUGAAUACUCGAGCCGUAAGGGACUUGCUUAAUAUGAGUCGAGAGAUGCCAAAUUUAGUAUGUUGUAUGCAUACAUCUACCAUGUAUUCCAAUUGUCCGCAGACAAUUAUAGAGGAAAAAGUCUAUCCACCCGCAUUUGACGGUCACAAACUCAUUCGUAUGAUCGAAUGUGUACCUGAAAAAAUCCUAGCAGAAAUCACACCCAAACUUAUAGAGUCAUAUCCAAAUACAUACACUUUUACUAAACAAGUGGCAGAAGAUUUGGUUAGAAGAGAGGAAGAAAAUCUGCCUGUUGCCAUCUUUAGACCGUCCAUAGUCGUGUCUACCUAUAAGGAGCCAUUUCCAGGAUGGAUAAAUAACAUGUACGGACCAUCUGGAAUAUGUACCGGUACAGCUGUGGGACUUCUUAGAACAUUGCAUUGCGAUGCAAAUUCCAGAGCAAAUCUCGUUCCUGUUGACAUGUGUGUCAAUAUAUUAAUCGCAGCUGCUUGGGAAGUGUCGUCGAUUCAUAAGAAAGCCAUUAAAGAGGGUAUACCCUAUGAAAUUCCAGUGUAUAAUUAUGAAUCCUAUAGUGUCAAUCCUAUAACAUGGAAUAGGUUUAUGGCCAUAAAUAAAAAGCAGGGUCAUAUUUAUCCAUCUAUUAAACUCAUAUGGUAUUACAGCUUUGGACUAUAUAAGUCCUAUCCAGUAUAUGUGUUUGUAACUUUUAUCCUGCAUACGAUUCCAGGAUAUUUGACUGACUUAGUCUUAUUCUGUAUGGGAAGAAAACCAAGAAUGGUUGCAACUUACAAAAAAAUCAACAAAUUCUGCCAGGUUAUGUCUUAUUUUAUUACCCGAGAGUGGAAAAUGGAAUCUAAUAGAGUACAAAGCCUAGUAAAGCAUAUGUCAGACAGAGACCAAAAAAUAUUCUUUUGUGACUUAAAAAAAUUAGACUGGGUAGAAUAUUUCGAUUAUUAUAUGCUUGGUGUCAGAAUAUUUUUGCUUAAAGACCCUCUUGAUACUUUAGCUGCUGCUAGAACAAAUGCGAUAAGAUUCUACUACCUUCAUCAGUUUGUAAAAAUCAUGUCGAUAUUCCUAAUUCUUCUGUUUCUAUAUUGGUUGUUGCUACGAUUUGUGAGUUUAUAAUGAAAUUAACUUUAUAAAUAAAUAUGUAAUUUAAUCAAGAAAAUAAAUAAUUACUCUAGGAAAAAUUA